CUAAUCAUAAUGGAGUCAUUGGAGUAUACUUGGCCAGCUUCAUGGAAUCUUCAGGAAAAGAUGAAGGAAGAGCUUGUCCGAGGGCAUGAACUUGCAAAUCAACUUCACUUGGUUGUCCGUAAUGGUGAUGGUGAAUCGGCCAAAGGUCUUGCUACGAAGAUCGUUUGCUCGUUCACUAAUAGCCUUUCCCUCUUAGGUGGGAAUCAUGAUUCUAAGGGGAAGCAUAUUCAAGCCAAUACUAGUAGCAAUACUGUUGCUCUUCCUACUCUUGUAGAUUCAUCAUCCUGGGUUGCUCUAGAGGCUAUUAAGAGAACGGAAAUGUUGAUAAAUAGUAGAAGUUCUUCCAAGAAAAGAAAAACUUCACAUUCAUGGAGUAGAGACGCUCCCGAUUUCAUUGAUGAUGGUCAUACAUGGAGAAAGUACGGACAGAAACAGAUCCUUAAUACCAGCCAUCCAAGGAGCUACUUUAGGUGCAGUCAUAAGUAUGAUCAAGGCUGCAAGGCGACCAAGCAGGUGCAGAAAGUUGAAGAUGAUCCAUCCUUGUUUCGGACUACAUAUUUCGGAAAUCACACAUGCAAACAUAGCAUACUCAAAGCUCCUGAAAGCAUCCUUGAUAACGUAAGCGGUGGUAGUCCUAGAGAAGAGUCUAAUUCCAAGUUUAUGAUCACAUUUGAGAACAACAACAACUUCCCGUACGAACAAGAACACCCUUUUUUCUCAUCCUACUCAUCAACCGAAAGAGAGAUCAUUAAAUCUAAUCAUGUGGCGAGCAGCAGGUCAUCAUCACUAUCUUGUGAUUAUCUUGUGCCACCUGAUCCAGUGAUGGUGUUCGAGUAGUCUGAGCCCAUCAGCAGGUUGCCAACAAUGAUGGAGCUUCACUCUGAGGACAUGAUCACAUUUGAGAACAACAUCAACUUCCCGUACGAACAAGAACACCCUUUUUUCUCAUCCUACUCAUCAACCGAAAGAGAGAUCAUUAAAUCUAAUCAUGUGGCGAGCAGCCAAUCAUCAUCACUAUCUUGUGAUUAUCUUGUGCCACCUGAUCCAGUGACGGUGUUCGAGUCGUCUGAAACCAUCAGCAGGUUGCCAACAAUGAUGGAGCUUCACUCUGAGGACAUGAUUUAUUAUUAGGGCAAGAUGGAAUACUUUGAAUAAGAAAUUAUGUGAACUUUGAUGAGUACCU